CAGCAGCAUGAGGAAAUCUUUGUUGUUCACCUUGCUGCUGAGCUUCAUUGUGAUCAAACAUGUCCACGCGUAUCAAACAAAGGCGAAGGAUAAAAAGGAGAUUGACCCAUUGGAUAUAUUUAACUUCGAUCCAAGCAACGUGCAAAUGUUGAAGGGGAGUAACCAUGACAUAAAAGUAUUCACGGUAUUCUCUGUGUGUGUCUGACAAUAACGAUAUUGCGCCAUUUUAUUUACGAUACUUUUUGUUUUGUUGUUGUUAUCACAAAAUUAAAUUAAUUAUCACCAUGAUCCAAUUAAAACAAUGAAUUUUUUGAAUAUUUUCGAAAAUAUCAUUAAUCAUGACUUAGAUUUUUUUUCAGUAAGUUAGCACAGGGCAUUUAAAAUCUAGCAUAUGACAUUCAUAUAGUUUAAAUAUAUAGCACGAGACAAACAGUUUACACAUCAAACACAGGACAUGUAGUUUCCAAAACUAGAAAACGACAAGUACUUUACUAUCCAAAUGGAACACUUGACAUAGAGUUGACUAAUCUAGCAUAUGUUUACGACCCUGGCUACCUUAACUACAACAUACGGUUAAAACCCUGACUCAAAUGUUGCGCCCUUGGUUAUAAUAUGAAAUCAUAGUGUUGCGCCCAUAUUUGAAUAUUUUUUUUCACUUAACACUACUGAUAAGCCACUGGCUAGUGUGCUAUUUCCCCUGAUAUUUACAAAACAAAUUGUUUAGAGAGUUCAUACCUUUGUAAGGAGCAUCAAUAUUCAUUUAGUAAUUGUUUAACCCCCCCCCCACCCCACCCCUUUUUUUCCACCUUUUUUUUCUACCUAAGGAUUCCUUUCACUCAGAUCGAGGCAUUCUUUGAGACCUUUAUUUUUAUCAAAGCUAACGUAUGCUAAUGCAAUAACGAAAUUUAACGUCAUCUAUUCAAUUAAAUUUCCAUUUAAUUUAAUUAAAUAUGUCAAUUAUUAAGCCUGAAUUAGAAAUCUUAACUGCCUUUUGAGAAUCAAUCGCAAUUCGCUUCAUUGAUCAACUCAGUUAAUUAGUUUUCUUUAUUGGAUUUAAUUUCGUGUCUAUAUAAUAUAAAAUAAAUAGGGUUAAAUAAAAGUUUUAUUUGUAGUCUGAACAAUGAUAGGUUAUUGUAUUCCUCCGCUAAGUUCCCCAAGACAAACGGAGCCAUAGUUAACUCUAAACGAUGAACCGUAGUUAUACAAUUUGGGAGUAGUGCUUAGGUCUACUUAUCUAAAUAGUAUUAAAAAUCUAUAAGUCUAGUGAAUAGCGACUCAUUCUGUUGUUAAGAAUUAAACAACACCUAAAAACAAAGUCUUUUAUAAAAGUUAAUUAAACAAGGAGACAAGUAACACACUUUAUAAGAAUCCCAAUUAGUUGUCCACAAGACUCGCACUAAAACAUACGGUGAACGAUCGUUCUCUUUCUGUGCCCCAAAACAAUGGAAUUCUCUUCCACUACACGUUUGCAAUAUACCGACCAUCACAGCCUUCAAAACAGCACUCAAAACACAUCUCUUUAAACUCUAAUAUUCCGACUGAUUCCACCCCCCACCCCUUUUCUGACCGAUAACCGAUGCUGCUGGGUACCGUUCAUGGUUUGACAUGUAAAUAGUUCUGGAAUGGGUGGAGUGAAUAUACAUAAUUUUUUUUUGGUCUUAUUUAAUUGAUUUAUGUUAAUUUUUAAGUUCAUGAUUACAUUUGUGCAAUUGUAUGUACAGCGUGGUGAGCCCAGCCCUAUGCUGGUGUACCGCGCUAUAUACUGAGCCCAGCCCUAUGCUGGUGUACCGCGCUAUAUACUGAGCCCAGCCCUAUGCUGGUGUACCGCGCUAUAUACUGAGCCCAGCCCUAUGCUGGUGUACCGCGCUAUAUACUGAGCCCAGCCCUAUGCUGGUGUACCGCGCUAUAUAAAACCACUAAGAUAUAUAUAUGUAUAAUCUCAUUUUGCGCACUUAUCGGGAAUUGUAUUGAAUGAAAUCAGGGUCAUCAUAUUUCCUUCAUCUUACCCUUGAAAAACUGGAACACUUAGUUUUGAGGGUUGGGAGGUGGGCUGAAAAUUUGAUAGAAUGUGUUGUCAUCGGCAACGAGUCUAUGUGUCAAAUUUCAGCCCGAUCGGUUGACGGGAAGUGGGUCAAUCAGUAGUUCGAAGGUCUUGUCAGCCAGCCACAAACAAAAACGAAGUUAGUUUAAUGAAUUUAAUAACAUACACUUGAUUGUCAUAAUAUUAUAGAAUAAUUAUCUGUAGUCGAUAAUGUGUGUUCAACACCCGUUAAAAUGUUCAUUCCUCUCCACCACCUCGACUCUGCUGCACGUCUUUAAAUGUACCCCUCAGAAAUUGUUUAUUCAUUUUUAUGUAGAAGGGGAAAAAAUGCCCCUCUUUGCCACACCAUUUUAGGAAUCUGAUGAAGUAACGGGGGAAGAAGUUCCACAAAAUGUGCCUACUCCGACAGAAGCAUGCAGCAGUCAGCAGAGGCAGGAGUCUGGCAGCAGCAGUCAGGAGAAGCAGGAGCCUGGCAAUGUCGCUAGAGAAGUAUCCGCAGAUAAAAAUGAUAGAACAGAGAACAAAGAGGGUAGAGGAAACGUAGACACGGUUGCCAUCUCUCUACUGAGACAGUAUGCGAUGACUCUGGUCAGUAAAUUCGAAUCUAAGGUAAAAGUUUUAUUUUUUUAUUGAAUUCCAAACAAACAAAAAUAUGAUUAUAUUAAUCUAUAGGCUACCUCAGAGAAUUUUUUUUUAAAAAUAAAUAAAUUAUAAAAAAAAAAAAAAAAACGAUAGUUUUUAAUAAGACCCCAAUGAACUUAAAUUGGUCCGGCUCGGGAAAGAAAUGAUCAAGUAAACAGAGUUUGUGAUUUUAUUUUUUUAUUUAAUUCCAAAAAAAAAAAAAUAAUAUUAUAUUAAUCUAUAGGCUACCUAAGAAAAUUUUUUUUUAAAAAAAAAUAAAUUAAAAAAAAAAAAAAAAAACGAUAGUUUUUAAUAAGACCCCAAUGAACUUAAAUUGGUCCGGCUCGGGAAAGAAAUGAUCAAGUAAACAGAGUUUGUGUAAUAAAACUACAGUCUCCAAAAUGAACAUUUUCUUUUUUAAUCUUAAUAGAUGAUUAGAUAGCUGCAAAUGUUCUUUUGAAAGAAGAUAUUUUUCUGCUGGGUUAUUUUUGUUGAUCGCUUUGGGGCUAGAUUUACAAUUAGUUCGGCAAAACGUAUUUAAUAAAAAAAAAAUCAUUUAAACAAGCCAUUUUUUAAUGAAAUCCAAAUUUUGGGUUGUGAGGGUAAAUAUAAGUGUAAAUAUAAGUUUAAAGAUAAGUGUAAAUAUAAGUGUAAAUAUCUUAAAUGUUGUUUAUGAUUUAUUUAAAAAUAGAAGAAAAAAAAAAUUUUCUUUGAACUAACCAGGGGCGUGCCUAGGAUAAGCGGCGCCCAUGGCGAAUCCUGAAAAAAAAGACAAAUUUGGCGCCCCUUGUAUUUGUGAAACACACACACAGCAUUUAAUCAUUAUAAUGGGUUCUAACUAAAGGCGCACUCCUGGUGUUGGCGCCCGUCCCACCUCCUCGCAUUACCCUGGAACAAACGGUCAAGACCAUGGGGUCAAGCAUGUAAAAAAGACCAUGGGAUCAAGCAUGUGAAAAAGACCAUGGGAUCAAGCAUGUGAAAAAGACCAUGGGAUCAAGCAUGUGAAAAUGACCAUGGGGUCAAGCUUGUGACAAAGAUCAGGGGACAUUUGAGUUGUUUUAACGGUUUAUUCUCGGCAUCCCAGCUGCGGUGUGACUACGGUUAGCAGCACCCAGGGCAGGCCAAGAUGGGCAUCACCUUCACCACGAAAAAGGGGCUCUUUUUGGUCGAGCAAGUUUUAAUUUUUAGCAGUUGCAUAUUGUUCAUGCUUGUGUACAUCGUCUUUCUUUCUUACGCCAUGAACCGUCCUGCAUCUCUCACAUGCCGACCUCUGAUGUCGAACCCCUCACACGUGAAGUUCGUGGUUCGUUGUGUCAGCAUUGUCGACUCCUUUUUAAAAGGUGACAUCUGGAAUUAAGAUUAAAGUUUUCCAGAGUUGCGGUGUCAGACGUAUUUUUUGAAGAAAUAUAAUUGUCGCGUCUUCAGUCCUGAAAAAUACAGAUUUUUAAUUUGGAGUGGAGCGAAAAUACCGCCCUUAAUUAAUAAUGUGCCACCUGGAACAGGCACCACCCACCAACUCACGUUUCCACUCUAGUACUAGUGAUACAUUUACCCUACUUUAGUCGCAAAAAUGCCCCAACAAAAGGCUUUUUACAUGAAUUUCAUAAUAUUUAUUUCCAUUAAUUCGAUUAAGCACGAGGUUUGGCACGUCGUCCCAUUAAAAAAUAAAAGCCUGGAUCUUUUCCUCCUAACCUCAAUACACCCAUUGAUGAUACGUUUUUAAAUUUAAAAAAAUAUUUUCCCAGAUUAAAGCCAACAAAUCAAGGGACAUCAGUCUAAGAUUUCAAAUCAGUCAGCGUGACAUUGAUAAACUGCACGCUUUUGGACAGGAGAAAACUGCAGAUAUUCGUGAUGUACACGAAAUUCUACGCAACAUAAUACACUCUGCCAGUGAUGUGUCCCCUCAAGAAACUAGGGGCGUAGAUUGGAUGGAAUUUGUGAUGGGUUUGUCGUGGUCAAAUCUGUUUCAGGUAAUUUAUUUAUCUUCUUCUUUUCUUUAAAAUUAUGUUUCUUUCUCUGUUUUAACCCCGUACCUAAAAUAGUGCCGAAAAGUCUAAUUUCUCUCUCUCUUUUAAAAAUGCUUCUUCUAUCUCUAUUUUAACUCCGUAACUGAAAUAGUGCCGAAAAGUCUACACAUUUUUUUUUGUAUUAAAAAAUGGAUUGUAAAUAAAAAGAAUUAUUUCUUUCCAGAAUUUCACAAUCAUGCUGUGCGGGAUAACAUUUUUGACAGUACUUUGGCAGAUAUUAAAAAUUCAAAGUCCGCUAUGCAAGACGUUUUCCCUGUGCUACGUCAUCAGUGUAGCGUUUGUCUGGUUUGGGAUGUACCAAGUAGGUUUUAAGAUAGUGUAGUUCAUCUUAACCAUUUCAAUCAAUUAUAAUUACUCUUUAAACAUUUUAAUUAAAUUGUAACUGAAUAAAACUGAAUAACAUUUAAUUAUGCAUUGUUAUGAAACAGUUUGCGCAUUUUCGUGGGAUGAAUAUGGUUCUAUUAUCUUUCCCUCACACAAAAAUUACCCUCAUGGAAGACUCCAGACAAAGAAAAUUCCCCACACGGAAAAUUCCCCACAUAGAUAAUUCCUUACAUGAAUAUUCUUCACAUUUUUGUGAGUUUGCUGCAUGUGGGAUGUAAAAACCAAAGAAAAGAAAAGAUUAUUGGUGGACCAAGCUUCAGUGAAAUAAACAUAAAUAUUUUUUUAAAGAAUGCACAUUCGCAGUCUACGGGGUUUGCACACUGUUUUGUGUCAGUGUUUUGAGUCAGUCUAUUACUUUAAUCUGAGCUUGCGGGGGGGUCGUACCUGAACACUCCAAAAGGUUAUUAGUUAGAGGCAAUAAUUGGGACUUAUUGGGAUUUUAAUAUAAAAAUAAAGUAAAUAAAUGUAUGGCAUAUUGAUGAGGGUAAUCAUCUGUGUGUGUGUGUGGUAUUUUCCAUGUGGUGAGUUAACUGUGUGCCCAAUCUUGUGGUGGGGUAUUUUCCAUGUGGUGAAUAAUCCAGUUGCCAAAUUGAAUCAUUACUUUUGUUCAUUCAGGAAAAAGUAGCUGAUCAAGAAAGAAUAUUCAUGGAAACUAUGAACAAAUCUUGGGAAAAACCAGAAGAGCAGUCAUUUUUGAGUCUGGCAUUUUCAUUUGUUUCAUCCCCGUUUACUUUCAAGAGGGACAAGUCCCAGGAAUAUUACCAGAUCAUGUUCGUGAAUCCUGUAGUUAAAGUCAGUCCACUUGAGGUAAAGGAUUAACUAAGAGCGUGUUCUUUAACCAGACUAAUCUAGUUUAACUGUGUUGCUGUCAAUUUCAUUGAACCAUUUUUUAUGUGAAUCAGAGCGUCUGUAAGGGGUCAUCUUAUAUUGAAGGGGGGAACCAUCUUAUAUUGAAGGGGACAAUUCUAUAUUGACGGGGCCAUCAUAUAUUGAAUGUGGCCAUCUUAUAUUGAAGGGGAGAACCAUCUUAUAUUGAAGGGGCCAUCCUAUAUUGAAAGGGACCAUCCUAUAGUUAAGGGGAGGGAUCAUCCUAUAUUGAAGGGGAGGAACCAUCCUAUAUUGAUGGGGCCAUCCUAUAUUGAAUGUAUAUAUAUGGCAUCCUUCCGUCUUCGUGAGACGAUGGAGUAGCUAUAUAGUUCUACACUUUGACGAGUGGCUCACUAGGCCAAUCCUAGAAUGGCAAUCACGGCCGCAUCUCUCGCAGGAGAAUGUGGCCAUCUUAUAUUAAAGGGGAGAACCAUCUUAUAUUGAAGGGGCCAUCCUAUAUUGAAAGGGACCAUCCUAUAGUUAAGGGGCAAUCCUUUAUUGAACGGAACCAUCCUAUAGUUAAGGGGACCAAAAUUGUGAAAGCUUAGAUCAACCCCUGCGCAUUACCAUCCCACUUAAACAUGCUACAUUUAACAGGGACCCUAACUGCCUGCAUUGCGCACUAGUCCUAUAAACAGUGGAACACUUGCUAUCUUUGUGUCCCAAGCUUGACCUUGUGGGGGGGGGGGGCUUGGACAGCAAAUGAGCUCUACAUGAUAUGACUAAGUCGAAUCAUAUGGAGCUUACUGCCUGAGUUUAGCCGGGGCCAUAAAGAGCAAUAAGAUUUAAGCUCCGUACCUCCCAAAGUAUAAGUAUGGAUUAGUACACAUGAGCGUCUAUCCUCCCCCCCCCCCCAAUAUGGAGCUUACUGCCUGAGUUUAGCCGGGGCCAUAAAGAGCAAUAAGAUUUAAGCUCCGUACCUCCCAAAGUAUAAGUAUGGAUUAGUACACAUGAGCGUCUAUCCUCCCCCCCCCCCAAGUGGUGGAAGCCAUGUGCAUCUUCCGGACCUUGAUCAAUACUGUUCGCCAUGGUAUGGGUGUUUCAUUCGAGAGCUCAUUAUGAAUAUUUUCUAUAAACUUAUUAUUACAUUUAUUUAAGGGUUAAAAAAAUGUGAGAGCAUUGUUGUUAACUGCUCAGUAAAAAAAUUACCUGAUAAAAACUAAUUAUUUUUCGCGAAUAGCUCAAUAAUUCUUCACAUGUUUCAGCAAAUCAUCUUUUUUUCCUCCUGUUGUCGGAAUAUUUCAUGGUACCAAUGUUAUCCGCCUUUCGAGACUACAUCUCCGGGUUUGAUUUCAGAGUUUCCUUCUCUUAGAUGGGUUGCCAUCCAAGGUUAACGAGUCCCAUCCACCCGGAGUGCUGGUGAUGUGUUUGCUUGACUGCGGGCUCUGGCUGGAAUUGAACUCCAGACCACCAACUUGAGAUUUGCUCAGUUUAGACCACCCAGCACCCUGCUUAAUACUGACUUACAAUUCAAUUGACUGCAGUGCUACUCGAUGGCCCUGUUGUCAACAGUGUAUAAGUUCAUCACUUGUGGGUCAGGGUUCAAUCACCAGCAUUGCAUGUAACAACAAACACAAACACCCGGAUGUUGACUACUUUUUUUAUGCUUUGUGCUUUCAUCAUAUUUCUUUUCAAAAAAAAUAAUUUUAAAAAUAUUGAGUAUUUGUAGUUCUCCUUUCAAAUAUGAAUUAAAUUAGAGAAAUUCAAAAGCUGGCCCAAAAAAAAGGGGGGGGGGGCGGCCCCCCCCACCCCUUAACUCAGAUUGGAAGCAGCUGCUACGUUCCACUCCACCCCCUUACCAUGUUGAUUCCCCUGAACUGUAUUAGCACCAACUAAAUGUUUUUACAUUUUCAUUUAGAUGAUCAAAUUAAACUUAAGUAAAAAUAUAACCCAAACAUGUUCUUAACUGAAAACCAUUUCAAUCUAAAGUAGGCCUACCGUCAAAGAUCGUCUUUGUAAAAAUUGACCAACCACUGUGUAAAAAUAAGAAAAUCCUCAAUAACCGGGUGCAGCUUGUACUUGUACACUGUCCGGGUAUUUUGGGUCUCCAUGUGUUACAAGAAAAGAGUUCACUUCUCAUUUUCUAUAAUAUAUGCCGGCCUGUAAACAAUAGUCUUACUCACUACCUGCCGGCUUUUAAACAAUAGUCCUACACACUACCUGUCGGCCUUAACAAUAGUCCUACACACUACCUGUCGGCCUUUUAACAAUAGUCCUACACACUACCUGCCGGUCUUUUAACAAUAGUCCUACACACUACCUGUCGGCCUUUUAACAAUAGUCCUACACACUACCUGCCGGCCUUUAAACGAUAGUCCCACAGAAGUCUUACAUCAUACCCAUCGCUCUUUAUUGAUUAAUAUAACAAACGCUUUGCCCUAAAGAAAAAAAACACAUCUAUUGACCUUGAGUUCAACCGUCACUGAUGACGCUUGCUACGUGACCGGUUUUUUUCCCUUCACCCGGUACCAUAGAAAAUUGGGGGGGGGGGGGGGGGGGAGGGGGCUGUGAAGAAGAAGCAGGACACUCCAGAAGAAAAAUAUAUGAAAGAGAGUAAUAUUUAAUUUACUUGUUUAAACCAUUACGGGUAAAUGUUUUGUGUGCGCGCACAUCAGUUUCACUGAGCAAACAAAUUAUUCUUGAGUUAAGACAUUGUUUGUGCCUUGUUAGCUUUUUAACAAGAUCACGUCACAAUACAUUUGAGGACAUGAACUGCUAAGUGAAUAAUUGAUUACUUUCACCGGCUAACCAAAGUUAUGUCCCCUUUUAAAUCCUUUAAAUUAACUUCACUUUUGUUCGUGUGUUUCUUUGUGGCAAAAUCUUUGGAAGGCUAAUUGACCCACUUCCCGUCAUCCUAUCGAGCUGAAACAUGGCACAUAGACUAGUUGCCAAUGGAUUCUAUCAAAUUUUCAGCCCCACCCCCAACAAUCAGCUAGUUCCUGUCUUUCUAAGGGAAGAUGAAGCAAAUGUGAUGCAAUGAUUUCUUAAGAACGUUAGCCAUCGUUAAGUCGCACAAUGAUACAGAAAACAUUAGUACAAUUACAAAAAAAAAUGCGAAUAAAAAAUUGUAUAAAAUAUGGAUUUAUUCUAAAAAAGUUUUCAGUUGUUUUCUUUUAAAAUCUCAGUCUUACUUUAUUUUCCACCAAGGCAUUGGCUGUUGCUCUCGUGAAGCCCCUGAUGGCACCCAUUGGAAUUAUUGGCAAGGCAAUCUCUACAUUCUUGACAGAAGUGCUCAAGGAUCUUCCUGUUCAACAUCAGCUUGUUGCUCUGAUUGGAAUUCUUCUUGUUUUCAUUAUCCUCGUCGUCAUUUUCUGCAUCUACAGAGGCUACCAGAUUAAUAUUUUUCAUUUGGUUAUUAUAGGACCAGGACAACAACCUGCUCGAAUUCAGGUAUUAUCAUUCAACCUAAUUUUAUAUGACAUUAAUGUGAAGGUAGUGUUUUAAUUUUAUAUAAAAUUAAUGUGAAGAUAGUGUUUUAAGUAUAAAAUCUAAAAAGCAUUAAAUAAAAUUAACACCAUCACAAGCAAAAGAUCUGUUACAAUCUUCUGGUCAGAUGAACACCAUCACAAGCAAAAGAUCUGUUACAAUCUUCUGGUCAGAUGAACACCAUCACAAGCAAAAGAUCUGUUACAAUCUUCUGGUCAGAUGAACUAACAAUUAAAUUACAUCAG